ACCGAAAAUUUUUCACCCCAUUCGCCGUCCUGCGAAAUCCAGUGUGGAAAUGUUUCGAUCGCAGCCACCAUUGGCUGGUCGCAGCUGGACGAGUGUUUUCCGCUCGCCUAAUCGUGACACAAACAUCGUGCAGAUCGUGAAAACCCGUGUUGCUAGGUGCAACUACGCGUUUCGCUAGGCCAGACAAUCAGGCAAUCCGCGUUGAGCAACGGGAACGGUGCUGCAUAGUGUUCUGUACGCAGUAGUGGGGGCAUAAUUUGAUGGUAGUGCACGCCCGUCACAAAGGGCACACGGGCGCACGGUAUGUGCACGCAAGUGGCCCCCGCUGUGUGGUGAGGGUAGUGGUGUCGUAGAUGGUUCCAAUGUUUUCAUCGCAAACCCACCAUGAUGGCCGCGGGUUCCAAGUGACUACGUUGCCCUUAACGUAAUUGCGUGCGCGCUCCUGCGUUCAUGAGUUUUCGCCAAAGUCCGAGACCAUUUUGUGCGCACAUUUCCGAUGAUUAUUGCCGAAAAAUUCCAUCCGCAAACGUUUACCAGGGCUAGGCGAACGGAGUGAGCAAAGUAUCCGUGAGUCUCGAGUGAGACAGUAGGCGUGAAGUGAAUGAUAAAAAACGGACACCCUGUGCGAAGGUGUUGCUGCUGCUGCUGUUGUUGUUUUGACUGCUGUGUCGGGCCAAAUAUUGUGCUCUUUAUGCUCGUAUCCGCAGUGUUUCAGCGUUCAACUAACCCCAUCGGGCCCGGGGGCUCCAUCGGAAGAGGCUUUCGGCUCAGCUAUCCAAUACAAAACUUUCGAUCAAUCCCUUAGCAAGUUCAGAAAUACGGUGUGACGGCUAACGACGAUUUUAUUACAAAACCACAUCAUUCCUCGCGGGACAAUAUCCUAUUGGCCGCCCUUCCCAGCAGACUGUGCUGCUAUAUCUUCCUUCUUUUUUGUACUAUCCCACCGUGUACCUUUUCUCAUUCUCCGCGACCCUCAGAGGACGCAGGAGAGCAGUCGAUCUCAUCGUACCUGAUAACAACAAGGAACUGAUUGGUCGAAACCGAUCCUCUACCGAAUGGCAGCGACCGCGCUCAUUGAUAGCUCAUCACUAGCGGCCUGCGGUCGUUCUUGGUAGAAUUUUAUUCAAAACAGCAGCAAAAACAUUUGAAUAACGGCGGAACAGUGCAUCUUGCUACGGGGAAAGUGGAAAAACGUUCAAAGUUAACGCAUGAUGGAGUUUACCGGCGGGCAUUAUCGCCCACCGUAUAGGCACCGAUCGAGGCUAACAACCGUGCUCCCGCGAAAACAUCACGCGCCCGUACUGCUGAUGACGAUCGUAAUGCUAGUGCUGCAACAACUCCCUUCCACUCAGGGCGAUAUACUCGUCUAUCAGGUGCAAAGUGAUCAGAUAAUCGAAGAGUUCCGUGACCUACCGGCGACAUUCGGAGGCAAUAUUCCGGACACGGGGUUGAAAAUGCUGGCAGACCGUGCCGAACCGGCAGACGGUUGCACCGUGAUGCGUCCACCGCCGAACAUUACCAGCAAGUUUGCAGUCGUUAUCGCACGAUACAACUGUUCAUUCGAGGAGAAGGUCCGGAAUGCCCAGCAGGCUGGCUAUGCCAUGGUCAUCGUGUAUAACGUGGGCAGUAAUGAUUUGGAGCACAUGUCAGCCAACCAUCCGCAAGAUCUGUUAAUACCGUCCGUUUUCGUGGGGCAAAACAGCGGGCGUGGCAUAAUCGAGAAUUAUCUGUAUGACCGUGACUACGCCCUCGUUAUCACUGACGAAAUUCCCUUCAACAUCAACAAUAAUCUGCUCAUCCCGUUCGCGGUCAUCGUAGGACUCUGCUUCCUCCUUAUGCGUUACUGGCAGGUGGUGUUCAUGAUCGUUCGAUGUAUCCGCGAACGGCGACGAUCGCUACGUCGUCGCCUUCCGAUCAGUGUACUGCGCAAGAUUGGUAUCGUCAAGUUCGCCAAGGGUAUGCACUACGAGAUUUGCGCCAUCUGUCUGGAAGAUUUCGUCGAAAACGAUCGGUUAAGGGUGCUCCCGUGCCGCCACGCUUAUCACGCACCGUGCAUCGACCCGUGGCUCACAAAAUCGCGACGUGUUUGUCCAAUUUGCAAACGAAAGGUUUUUGUGGGUGGCGAACGUCGUCGUAGGUCAUCGGCGUCGAGCAGUAGCAUGUCGUCUGACGCAGAUGAAACGAGACCACUGCUGACUGCAUCAGAAGCUGUUGCACCAUCAAACAACGCACUGGUCACGGCAGCUUCAGCCAGCGUCACUGCGGUCACUAAUUCCGCUUCAGAGAGUUUACCAGCAGUUGUGGCAGGGCCGACCACAUCUUCCAGCCGUUCGAGUAGACGAGAACGUGAAACGCUCACCUCGGCCUCAGUUCAGGGACGCUUGAGGGACCCUCGGAAUCCGACAACUAACUUGGUGAUACAGGCGCCCAGGAUAGAUGAUCCCGCACCACGACGAGCUGCAUCCGACGAAGACGACGAACUGCUGGAUGAUCAAAACGUGCAGCAACCUCCAGAAGGAUGGAUACCACCAAGCGGAAGGGUGGGCCCCGUGGACUACGCAGCGAUCGGCCACGAAGAAGAACUCUCCCGUUGGCAAAGAUUCAAAAGAUUUUUCACACGUUCGCACGAGGGAAGGCUGGAUGAAAGUAAUGGCAGCAAUGUGGUCGCUGGAACCCCAUCCGAUCAGCGGGCAACACCGCCCUCAGCCACGAGCAAUAGCAACAAUAUCCUUAAUGCACACCAUUCGGGUUCGUUCUACGCGCACGACGAUACGACAGAUGACGAAUUGCUCGAUCGCGUCCAACAAGAUGCGGCAAAACGGCGUCAAGUUCGGUCCGCUCCGAACAUGGCCUCAACGAGCGAUGGUGCGGGUACAUCGUCGCCACGCGUUGCAGUCGCCGCGUUGCCGAACGUGAACUUUGACCCGUCAACGGCUGGCGGUGGAAAUUGGAUGUCUCCAGUUCUUCCGUCUAGCACGUCGCGCCGCCAAAGUCGACCGAGAACACGUCGCCGCGACGGUCCCGGAGACGAUCACAUUGUGUAGAUAGCGCGAAACGACCGUGAUAGUGGAAGUUAAAAGGUGUUGAGGACGCCACUGACGUAACACAAGGUCUGUUAUUCGGUCAAACAUGAAGAAGGCUUGCAAAAAUGGCUUUUCGACUACUUUGGUUGUCCUUUUGGGGUGUGUUGUUGCAGCUCGGAUGCAACUCGUAAGAUGGACAGACAGAAAGAGGCACGAAGAUAGAGAGAGCGAUAGAGAAAGAGAGAGGGCGUGGAAGUGGGAAGAGGCAGUGAGAGGGAGUAAAGCAAAGCGAUCAUAUUGAUGUCGCUUAACGUGAUAUAUAAACUAAAUGCAUAAGAUUUUCAUGAUUUGGAGCGGCAAUGGAGGUUAGGUCUGGAACAACAAAACAUCUAGAGCAUUUCAUAUACACACAUUAACUCACAAGUCGACGACAUUCAUUCAAAAAUGUACUUUGGUUCGGCUCAUAGCCGUGAGAUGUGUCCAGCGAAUCAGGAACUAUUCUUUUGGUGUUAUGCUUCAUCUCCGGUUUGCUCCUAACAGACUGUGCUGAGAUAGAUUUGUGUGCGUAUGCUAUGUUUAUUGAUCGCAACCCUCGGAAAUAUCCCAGCAGAACCAUCGAUUUGGGAGAAUCUACAGGGACCCGAACCUCUCGCUUCACCGUUUGAUUCACCUUAUUACCUUUACAAGUAUAGUCAUUUGAUAGUGUUAUCUUUGUACUAAAAUAUUCUUUUUUCUUUUAUUUUACUUCAUGGAACUGAGUGAGCCUAAGAAAGGAAAGGUGGUUGAGAGGUAGAACACACCAAUUGAAAAAUAAUAAAUUGCCGUGUAGGCUUCUUUUGCUAACAUCGCCCAUAAUUUGUAUAUGUGUGUAAUUAGCAGAAAUAUUAGAAAUGGGUUGAACAGAAUGGCAGAAAGUAAUAAGGGAGAGUUAUCACGAAAAAAGGCAGGGACAGAAGCGGUGUCGUCGUGCUGUUGCGAAUAAUUCCCACACACUUACUUUUUUGUACGUAGCGUGGUGAUUUGAUAUCAGUAGCUGUAUUUGUUUGUCUACUAUUUACUAUCGCAGUUUCUCGUAGUAGUUGUAGCCAUUUACGUAAAACCAACCACACACGAGAGGAACAAUACUAAUACGUUGAGUGAUGCAAUCGGGAAGGAGUCUCUUUCAUUUUGAUGGACUUUUUCUUAUUUUAUUAACCAUUUCCGACCGGUUUUUGUGUCUAUCUAUCCUCUCGUUAUGUUUAUUAAGCGCAAAAAUGGCAGAAUAAACGUGCAGCGCGAAAGAACGUAAGCAAAUAUUCCAAACGUUGCAUUAAAACCAAACCGGCAGAGAUGUGUAUGCGUGUACCAUGUGUUUGGAUGAACCACAGACUCUGAAGCGACAGCGUAGGUUAUUGACUGUACGUUUUUAGUAUGAUAUUGGAAUCAGAAUCAGGACAUCGUGGGCAUGUCAUCGUACCGAUUACCGAUAAGGCACCUCUAUUGUGUAACCAAACAACAGUGUUAGCUAAGAAAUCGUCCACCACGACAAACGCGUUCCGGAAAGUAGAGAUAUUCGGGGGCCGCAAGCUGCCUCCCUCGUUGCCAUAGGAGGUAUUAUUAUUGCAGGUGAAGUAAGAGCAAAUUAAACAAAAACUCGUACUAUCUCGCCACGAUAGCCACAGUCACAGUAAAUGAAAAACGAUUAACAAUAAAACGAAACAGUAGUUGGAACAAUAAAUGCGCGUAAACAUGCGACAUCGGAAUGUAACUCUACCAGUCACGUGCUGAAAAGCGGUAAAAGAUUCGAAUUUUAUUUAUUUAUGCAAUGUGAGCAUCGA